AUGUCCCAACUGCCAGCAUUGGUCAGCACAGAGGCCACAAGGAAAAGGGAACUUGGCACGGCGCAUACACCUCCGUUAAAAUUGCUGAGUGGAAAGUCCACCGCUCACCGCUCCUCGCUGCUCCCACAGCUCUCGGUCACGACUGCCUCCUCUCUGCGUCCUGCGCGAGUGAAGUCUACCAUGGCCGCUGGUGUCGCCGCACCCACCACGGUAUCUGCAGAGUCGCCAGUGUGUCGAUCGACCGACCCUGCUGCACCACUCCCGCUUCUCAGUCAACUGCUCCGCAUUUCGGUGCCUGCUGCAUCGUCAACGCUGGUACAGACACCGGAGGAGGUGACUGUGAAGGAGGCGGUGGAGGCGCUAGGAGAGUUGGACGCCGUAGAGGUCUUAUUUGUUCAUCUCAACCAUAUGGCACACUCAAAUUACUCAAGUGAUGAUGGCGCUUUUGCAGAUGCCAUUGCCGUGGUUGAAGGGCAUGCGGCCGCCGUCAUGGACGAGAUAGGAGAAAGUGACGCACGAGCGAUUCCGCCUGCCAGAGCGGACUGCCAUGCUGCAGCCACCACUCCAACGGCGGCACACCAGCGUCGAAGUUGGGCGGAUAGCCCAAAUGCAGUACUUGUUUCCAGACGCAGCUACCUCCCAUGUCUGGUGCUCUGCGUUCAGUGCCAUAGAGGCGUGCUCGCGCUGCACAUUGUCAAUCUACGCUUUGAGGGAGCCAGCGGCAAGUCACACUGCACCCUCCGCGCUGCUACGCUAGAUCGCGAAGGCCAACAGAAAAAGGACAGCGGCGGAGAGACGCAGCGGCGGCAGAGACGCACCACCGUGAAGCCUCAGCGCCUGCAACCGUCUUAUCGAAACGAGCGAGCAUCAACAACCGCAGUUGGUGGCGUCCCCUCAGGCUUACCACCUUCGCCCAGCAACGAUGAAGGCGUCGUAGAGGCUACUGGUGUCGGGGAGCUGGCAUCCGUCUCGAGCGAUUUGGUGGAAACAGUGCCUUCGUUGUUUCCAGUCGCUCGCGCUGACGCGACAGGUCAUCGAGCAAGUGCUGCAUCCCCCAAGCACAGCCAGCGACCCUGGAAGGGCAAGUCAGGCCUGCGGCAACGCAGCAGUACGAUGAAGGCCGCUCAUCACUCCGUCACCAGGAGCAGCGCAACUGCCGUCUCCUUUGACCCGUUCCGUCCCGAGGAAACGACACCGUUCAACGCACAGUACCGCCCCAUCACGUACAACGCCGCAAUCGUCCUUCAGUCGCCGCUUUGA